AUGAAUCUCCUGUCGGCUCUGGCCUGCCUUCUCGCCAGCUCGGCAUGCGCCGCAGCCUCGCCCCCCGCGGGCGUCAACGACAAGGAUUGUCGUGCGGUCCACAACGUCACCAAGAGCGACGUCGACAGGUUCCUGGGCUUCCAAUUUGACCUGCCUACCCUGUGUGGGGUCACAGACCUGCCCGAGGAGGCGAUCGUCGACCUGCAGCUCUGUCACAAGCGCGGGCCCGCCGGCGGCGGCACCCGCGGGCCGGCCUUCGAGUUCAGCUCAGAAAGCUCGGCCGCGAUGCGGAGGAUGAGCUACGGAGGAGGUGGCCCAUCCGCGCACGGCCGAGGGACACGCCAGACGAAAACAGCGCUCGAAUCGCCCGGAGACUUCGAUGGCACUGAUUACGAGUUCGAAAACUGGAUGCUGGUUGACGCAGAUGGCCUUUGUGGAGUUGGCUUUUGGGUCUUCAAGUCGUGA